AUGAGCCCCAUCGAUCACGAAGAUAUGGAGGCAGUUCGGGGAACACGGAAGGGUGCGCGAUUUCUGCACGAAGCGCCGGUGGAGGACGGUGUGACUGCAGCGGUUGUCAAAGCUCUGUCGAUUUGUUCCUUCGAGGUUGCUUUAGCUCAGACUUCCCUGACGUUGUUGAGUGUCGUGUUCCGAGCUCUUGCAUCUUUCCCGACCGCAAUGUUCUUAUGUGUAAGCCACGAUGUAUAUGUACAUGUAUAUGUAUAUGUAUAUGUAUGUGUACGUGUAUGUUUGCAUGCGUCUGCAUAUGUUUAUGUAUACAUACAUACAUCAGUUAUCGUUUGGACCUUUCGGCAAGUAUUCUGGCAAUUUAGCCUUCGUAGCCCCUGCGAGAUAACUUCCUGGGUUCGGGCUUGGAGUUUGGGGUCAGGUGCCCGAGGAGAGUGGCCGAGUGGUUUCAGAGCAAUGGGGAGGGGAGUUCUGUCAUGUUUGCGAUUCAAAGGUACAAGACCAUCACAUUCAAAACUAAAUCCCGAAGCCUUCAAACCUUGA